UUUGCACUUCCGGGUUAGAGUUGAGAAAACAUUGAUGGCUGCUCCAUGCUUGUUGGAGCCAUAGACAGGUUGAAGCAGUGCUGUGGCGAAUAAGAUUGUUUGAAUACAGGUCGAGCCACUGCAGUCAGGAUGAAGGACACACCUCUGUCCAACUGUGAGCGGGACUUCCUGCUGAAAGCCAUCCAGGAGAAGAAGCGCCUGGAUGGAAGACAGACCUACGACUACAGAAAGAUAAAGAUCACGUUUGGCACAGACUAUGGAUGCUGCUUUGUGGAUCUGGGGAAAACCAGGGUCAUGGGUCAGGUGUCCUGUGAGCUGGUGGCUCCAAAGGAGAAUCGACCAAAUGAGGGAAUCAUGUUCUUCAACAUCGAGCUGUCACCCAUGGCCUCACCAGCAUUUGAACAGGGCAGACAGUCAGAGUUAUCGGUGAAGCUGAACAGACAGCUGGAGAGAUGCCUGAGGAACUCCAAGUGCAUUGAUACUGAGUCCCUGUGUGUGGUGUCUGGAGAAAAGGUGUGGCAGAUCCGAGUGGACGUUCACCUGUUGAAUCAUGAUGGGAACCUGAUGGACGCUGCCAGCAUUGCAGCCAUCAGCGCUCUGAGCCACUUCAGACGCCCUGAUGUCAGCAUCCAGGGAGAUGAAGUCACAGUGUACAGUCAAGAGGAGAGAGACCCUAUUCCUCUGAGUAUCUACCACAUGCCCAUAAGUGUCAGCUUCUCCUUCUUCCAGCAAGGAACAUACUUGCUGGUGGACCCCUGUGAGCGAGAGGAGCGGGUGAUGGAUGGCUUGCUGAUGAUCGCUAUGAACAAACACAGAGAAAUCUGCUCCAUCCAGUCCAGCGGGGGCAUCAUGCUGCUAAAGGACCAGGUUAUGAGAUGCAGUAAAAUCGCCAGCGUCAAAGUGUCUGAAAUCACAGAGCUCAUCGGCAAAGCCCUGGAGAAUGACAAGAAAGCCAGGAAGGCGGGUGGUAGGUGUGGUUAUGCAGAGUCUAUUCCUCUGGAGCGAAUCACAGCUUUGAAAAUGGACGAGACUCCGAUGGAAAUGAUGGACGUGACAGAGAGGGCCAAUGACAUCGUCCAGAAAGCCGAGGUCCCACCUCAGAUGGUACCAUCCCCGGUUGUGCCCGUCCCAGGUGUGGGGCAGGUGGGGCAGGGGCUGCAGAACACCUGGGGCCUAGAGGAGGAGGAGGAGGAGGAGGAGGAGGAAGAGGAGGAAGAGGAGGAGGAGGAAAGUGACAACAGUGGUGAAGAACAGGAGGGAAGGGUAUCACAGAUGGAAGAGGAAAAGUAUGAAAAAGAAGAGCGCAAAGGAGAUGUGGUUGAAAUAUCUGACAGCGAAGAGGAGGAAGUGGUCAUACUUCAUCCAGAGAAACCUGACAAAGCUCCUAAAAAAACCGAAUCCAGUUUGCACCAGAAGGGGGCAGCAUCAACCAAGAAAAGACAAAAAUAAUGAAUUAAGGAGCCAUUUGUGCUCAUUGUACUCAUGUGUUCAUGUGCAGCAGUGACUCUGCAAUACGGAGGCUGAGACGGCUCACACAACUACAUCACUGGGAAAACAGAUGUUGACAAUGAAACCAGUUACUUCCUGCGGUCAAGUCAUGGAUGUAUGGGUCAAGUGAGCUGUCAUUAUGGUAUUCACAACUGACGGCUCUCUUGACUGUAGUAAGGAACUCUUUCAUGUUUACUGAUAAUACGCUGGUGUGAGACGUCUCGGCCACCGUACUGCAGCACCUCCUCAUGAUGAAGACCAUCCUGGUUUGAAAUGAUCCGUCUGCUGUAACAGAGAACUGGACUCAAAUACAUAUACAUCACAAUGUUGGAUUGUUAACAUGAGAACAAGUUAACUUCUGUUUGAAGCCGUUUGGUUCAAAAGCAGAUUUCCUUUACAAAAAACACUUACGAUUUCUUACUCCUUUUUUUUAAACUCAUGAAACCAUGUAAAAAGUUAUAUUUCAAAUAGGGAUAAUUAAAGAAAAUACUCUCCACUUUGAUGUGUUGUAACUUUUCUGUAGCAUUUGUUAAGUGGUGUAUUUGGUAAGAAAAAUAUUGUCUGAGGUUCGGAUUGGGAAUCGAGAGAAAAAAGAAAAUAAAUAAAUCUUGUUUUUUGUAAGA